AGGAAGAAAAGGAAUGCCAAGGUCAGGUGUCAUGACUGGGUGCUCUGUGAAUCACCCACCAAACCACAAGUAGAACUUCACAACCCUGACUGUUACAGCACCAAAUCUGGGUGACGCCACCUUCUGCAGCUCCUAGACUACACAGAACCUGCUGACCUGCUCCCGGAGGAGGGAGGCUCCUCUUGACUCCUGGCUACACAGAGUGAGGUGCUUGGGCCCUCCUCUCUGCCAGAGGGCAGUGCGCCAGAACAGGCUGGAAGAUUGGUCAGAAAACAAAACAGAUCUCCUCACUUAUGGGGAAAUCUGCCAGGGGAGCUUUAAAGAACCGAAAGUGCCCCUAGAAGGAAAAGCCUAGGAUGAAUCCCAACGAGGGAGCGCGGCCAUGGAAAUCCUUGGCAAUGCGAUGUGGCUGAGAGCAGUGGCAAGAAGAGCUUGAAUGACAGAAGAAGUCGUUCAAGGCCCGGGCAGCUCCUAGAGGUCUCGCUGGUGUGCUGAUCAGCACUCCUCAGGCAUUGGGAAUCACUCCCAGUGAUGCUCGUGGUCUGCGCUGUUUCUGUGAGCCCAGGAGAGAAGCGAGAAUCCCCGCGGCAAUGGGAGAGAAGAGAGGCACCGCGCGGGUGCUCCUAGAAUGUAACCUCAACGACAAGAUGUGUCUCGUACAGGGAGAGGCGUAUGCGGUGAUCAUUGUCCCAACUCUGCUGGUUGGUGCCUUCCUCAUCCUUCUUGCUGUCAUCUUGUGGCUAUUUAUAAGAGGACAAAGAUCCCAAUGGCAGCGCCCGGGACUCCGAGGGAUUGCCCCCAUGCCUGCAUCUAGGGGCCGACCCAGGGAAGCAGCAGGACAUGGAGGAAAAGUGGCCAUGCCACUUACGGAGACAUCAGUGGAAAGUUUUCUACGGGCUGCCACACCUUCCCUAGCUAAGCUACAGGUACCCCGGGACCAACUCUCUGAAAUUCUGGAGCAGAUCCACAAGGGCAGUUGCGGGAACAUUUAUCGAGCCACGCUGGUCACUGGGGACCCUCCUAAGCCCAAGAGUGUUGUUCUCAAGGCUUUAAAGGAACCAGCUGGGCUCCAGGAGGUGCAGUAUUUUGUGGGGCGAAUCCAGUUCUAUGAGUACCUGGGGAAACAUCACAACCUGGUCCACCUGGAAGGCUGCUGCACAGAAAGGCUGCCCCUCUACAUGCUGUUGGAAGAUGUGGCCCAAGGGAACCUGCUCAGCUUUCUCUGGACUUGUCGCCGGGAUGUGAUGACCAUGGAUGGACUUCUGUACGAUCUCACUGAAAAGCAAGUCUAUUACAUUGGAAAGCAGGUCCUUCUGGCUCUGGAAUACCUGCAGGACAAGCGUCUGUUCCACGGUGAUGUGGCGGCCAGAAAUAUCUUGAUUCAAAAUGAUUUGACAGCUAAGCUCUGUGGACUGGGCUUGGCUUAUGAAGUCCACGCUCAAGGGGCCAUCUCUGCUACUCGAACCAUCCCUCUCAAGUGGCUCCCUCCAGAGCGACUGCUCCUGAGAACUGCUGGCAUCAGAGGAGACAUCUGGUCGUUUGGGAUUCUGCUCUAUGAGAUGGUGACUCUAGGGGCACCACCAUAUCCUGAAGUCCCCCCUACCAGCAUUCUACAGUAUCUUCAGAGAAGGAAAAUCAUGCAGAGACCCAGUAGUUGCACACACACCAUGUACAACAUUAUGAAAUCCUGUUGGCGCUGGAGUGAGGACUCCCGGCCCUUACCCAAAGAGUUGCGCUCGCGCAUAGAAGCUGCCGCUAGAACUGCAGAUGACAAGGCUGUGUUACAGGUGCCAGAGCUAGUGGUACCUGAGCUGUAUGCCGAUGUGGCUGGCAUCAGCGUGGAGAGCCUCUCCUACUGUUACAGCAUUCUUUAAAGACUGUCAGUCAAGACACAUUUCCAUUGGUAAUCAAUCAUGGAAUCAAUUUCUCCAAGAACAGAAAAUGGACUUUUGGUGGGCGCACAGAGGGAAAAAAGGACACAGAUCCCGGAUCUUCCCCUCCACAUUUCCCUAAAAAUCUGAAAUGAUGCUGGAUGCGGCGCCAUGCACCUUAACCUCACAAGCUGAGAAAUGCUGUCAGUCUUGGAGUGCUGUCCAUGCCUGAAGAAGUUGGGCAGAAGUGAUGUGGAUUUCGUUACAACUGUGGCUUUAAAAAUCUGCAGUGAUUAUUGGAGUAUGCUCUUCCUUCUCACCCCAGGCUAGUUUACUGCUGAAAAAUGCCUUUAGCUAUAUUAUUACAAGGUUCAAAUGAACUAGAAUAAAAUGAAGGAACACAAAUCCAAACAAUGAAAUUGAUGAGGAAGAAAAUUCAAGGUCCUGCUUGCUCAGGAGUAUAGGUACGGAGACAGCUCUCCUUUAAGGGGAAAUCUGGUCCCUUUAUGUUGAGGGAACAUAAAGUUCUUUAGUCGUGGUCCCUUUGUGUAGAGCUGGGGAACUAUAAAACUUCUGAGUUUCCUCUUGGGUACAGAUAAGAUAAUCCCUUUUUAUCUAAUUCUGAGACAGAUGAACUUUGUUUGGUACUAUUUUUAUGUAUUUGUGGAACUUGGAAUUGAACUCAGGGCUUUUGCAUUGGGCUACAUCCUCAGCCCUUUUUUAUUUUGAGACAUGGUCUCCUAAGUUGCCCAGAAUGGGAUUGAACUUGAAAUCCUCCUGCCUCACUGUCCCGGUACUGUGGAACGGGCACGUUCCCUUGCCUGGCUAAUACUACUUUUAAUUAGAAGCUGUAGGAGUCAUUUCAUGAUGAGUAACAUUCAACAUGUAUUGCUCAACGCGGCUUCCUGAUCCUUGUUAAGACUAAGGAGAUUAACUCUUGAGAAUAAACAUUCAAAGCAAAUGCUGUGUAUGUGUUAAACAAGAAAUGUGGAAACCAAGUGAAAAGUCAUAGCUAAAAUGGUCAUUAACAAGAUCUAGACAAGAAUAUAAUCUGGUACAGGCCAACAGCUUCUAAUUUCAGAUAAUCCUUUGAUGCACUAUGAGACAAUUCAUUAAAUUAAUAUUUAUUGAGUGUAAAUAGGAUUUUCUGAUAUGCAGCUACCAAAGUCUUUACAAUAGGGAGGUUAAAAAUAAAUAAAUGGAGAUUCAUCUUAAUAGAAAAAUUCAGGCACACUAUGCAAACUACAUUAUCAGAAAAGGAAUUCUUUAUGUGUAAAAUGGGGAUGAUUACCUACCUCACAGGGUUGUUGUGAGAAUAUGUAUUUGUACAACAUUUGAUAUAUAAUAAUACAUCUGCUCAAUAAAUGUUUGUCUUUUGCUGUUCCU